CAUGUGCCAAGCUACGCCGAGCUGAGAGGUCUAAUGCGCAAUUUCACGCGGAUUUUGCGCGCUAUACCACGAGUGCCGGACGUAAUCACGGUGGCUCGGUCCGCGCGUGAUGGCUACGUUCCACGAUGGCUGCAGACGCGUUUGGAGCAGCUCAUCCUUCAGAUUCUCAAGGUGAUAUUCCGUCUGGGGCAGGAUGAUGUAGUCUUUUCGGAGUACCUCGCCGGCGGUAAGGGUGGCUGGUAUCAUAGGUUUUAA